AUGACCUGUUGCUGGUCUACGACACCCAUUGAUCGUCCUCCUGCUGAGGAAGCAGUUCAAUUUGUGGAUAGCGCUUUGCACACGAGCACGAGCCCCCAGACCCAGACUUUAUCGAUCUCCGGCGACGAGCAAAACCCGAGUACGAGCCCCCAGAGCUCGACAUUGUCGAUCCCUAGCGACGAGCGACACCCGGGUAUGGCCCAUGAUGAAGGCGCUGCUAGACGGGCCGGAGUGCCCAAGGCUAAAGGCGCUGUGCGCACCAAGUCGGGCUGUUACACGUGCAGAAUCCGCCGGAAGAAAUGCGACCAGGUGGCCAACGCAGACGGUAGCUGCCAAACAUGUCUUCGUCUUCGUCUACAAUGUCUCGGUUUUGGCGCAAAGCGUCCAGAAUGGUUGCGUUCAAACGACAAUAUCAUCAACCUACGAGAAAAAAUUAAAAAAUUUCUUGCCGUACAAGGAAUGAUUAAAGGGCAUUCUGGUGCUGGGCCUCGCCCCAAUGACCAGGAACCUUUUAUUCUAUCACUCUCGGCAGAUUGUGCUUCCCCGAGCACGAGUUCGCCGACCCUGACGUUGUCGAACUCCAGCGACGAGCCACGACUUCCCGUGAUGCAGGACAUUGAUUCACCAUUGGACGCUCGGGAAAAUUAUCCUGGGGUUAUGCUGCCUGCGUAUCCUUCCACUACUUAUACGACUAGCUUAGAACCAUCAUGGAAAUCCCCGCAACAAAUGCAACAAAACGCAUUAUUGCAACACUAUAUACGACAUGUUCUCCGUAUCCAGUUCUUGCAUGCCGACGGGUCCAUUGAUAUCAUCAUCUGGAGACUCAUAUUUUCCAGUGAUUCAGCCCGAGAGGCUGUAUGUUCACUUGCGGAUUUGCACCACAAGAGCACCCAAGGUGCAAUUGGUUACACUGUACCAACAGAUCAUGAUGUGUACACACGCAUCCAAAGGGCACCAGUGGUAACAGUGACGGAAGGAGACGCUUUUGCAAGCCUUUGCAUGGUCUCCUAUUUCCUCUUCUCUGGAGGACAAAGGCAGUGGCAAGCGUUCCUCGACAGUGCUUGCGAAUUUUCAAUCAAAGUCCUCCAGCGGAAUCAUGUUUCGCCAGACUGGGCACUGAGAUCCUGCAGUGGCAGCAUACGGUUUAUCCUCAAGACGUCCAUGUGGUUCGAUGUCCUCGCCUCUGUGACGCUGAUCCGUCGUCCCAAGUUCCUUGAAGUGCUCCGUUCGCUCUAUGGGCCCACCACUGCAGUUAAUGAUGGCAGACCGCAGCUGUCUAUGAUGGACGUCAUGGGAUGCGAAAACUGCAUCGUUCUUGCCCUCGCUGAAAUUGCUGAUCUCGCAAGCUGGAAGGAUGAAUGCAGGCGUGCUAGUAGACUCAGCACUUCUGAACUCGUCAGACGCGGGCAAUGUAUCGAAGCCAUCCUGAAGACCGUUGAUAACACUGAUCGCCUCCGCGGCUUUUACAUGGAAAAAUCACGCCGACGGCGCCUAACGUCUGCCAUAUUCCGCGCGUCUGCCCUUGUCUAUCUCCAUUCCGUCAUCUCUGAUGAUCAUCCUCAAUGUCCAGAGGUCAUGAACAACAUCACAGAAACAGUCAAGUGUCUCAGGCGUGCUGAAGACAUCAGCAUAGCACGUCAUGCUGUGCGCAGCGUCGUGUUCAGCAUAUGCAUAUGUGGUUGCCUGACGGAUGUCCCUCAAUACCGCGAAUACUUCCUGCGGCGCCUGCAGGAGUAGCAGACGGAGACGGUGGGGAACUGUACUCGGGUCGCUCAACUUAUGAGAGAAGUGUGGAGCAGGCGAGAACGAGGGGAACCCGUAGAUUGGCGGGUAGUUAUGCAACAGGCCCAAAUGCUUCUUGUCUAAAGGCUAUCCUACAUGGACUUGUACUUCUUGGCUCUCUUCAUUAUUUGCUAAAAGUAUAUGGCACUGUGUAGCACGGCUAGUUACUUUCCCGAGGCUCUCCAUUUUCAUAUCCUACAAGCUGUAAUCUAUUUAUGCCUGAUGAACAAA